AUGUCAAAACAGCCAAAACUUUUUGAGGAAAUGAAGCUGGGGGAAACUGAAGAUAGGUUCAGCAAUUUACCAAACUGUCUCAUUGGCCAUAUUCUAUCCUUUCUUCCUACAAAAUACGCUGUUCGAACAAGCGUUUUGUCAACCAAAUGGAAGAAGAUGUGGACUUUAAUCAGCAAUCUAGACUUUGAUGAUCAGCUGCUAACUUUACACCCUCCAACGAAUAAUAGUGAUCAGUGCAAAGCGAGUUUCAUGAAGUUUGUUUAUCGGGUGUUGCUUUUGCUGGAAACGUCAAAUGUGAAUAAAUUCCGUAUCAGAAGUUGUGCAAAUUUUGAUGUUUCAUACGAUGUCAAUUCUUGGGUUUCUGCAUCGCUAUCACGAAGUGUUCGAGAAAUCGAUCUCUAUCUCUACAUCCCUUUGAAAGGAUUCGAUUCCAGUAAGAGGCUCUUUUCCGGCUGCCCUAAGCUUGAGGAUUUGGCUUUACGAGGAUGUCAAUGGCAAAAUAUGAGUGUUCUUGACAUAUCAGCUCCUGCACUGAACAGAUUGACUAUUAUAGAUUGCGAGACUAAUACCACCUCUUAUACAGAAUUUUAUGAGUAUAGGAUUGAGCUUAAUACUCCAAGUCUCUUGUACUUGAACUAUGUGGAUUAUGUAGUAGGAGGCUAUGCCAUGGGGAAGUUAAACUCUCUUGCCCAAGCAAAUAUUGGCUUUGCGACAAGCAUUGACUCAUUUGAAGAAUACUAUGAGAUUUAUUACAAAUCGACAACUGAACUUGCUCAACGGAUAGCAAAUGUUCAUACUCUUCAUUUAUCUAAUGAAUCUAUUCAGGGACUAUUACAUUGUGAUCAUUCACAAGAAUUCGUCGACGAUUGGGUUCCUCCUAAUUGUGUUCCUUCUUGUUUGGUUUUCCACCUGAAGAUAGUUGACAUAAGGGAAUUUGAAGGGCAUGAGUAUGAGCAGAAGAUAGUGAAGUACUUUUUAUGUAAUGCGAAAGUACGUCUCUUGAUGGCCAAGGAGGAAAAGUUGGAGAUGCAACUUGUUUUGGGGAUUUUUAGAAGAUUCGAUGAAGGAACAAAUCAACAUAACUCAAUUACGGUGCUGGUGCACAAUGGUUAUAAGGUAGGAUAA